GAGUUUUAUUCCGCCAUUGACCUUUUUGCAUGCAUCCUGGAGUUACACCUGGGCCUGAGAGUCGGGAUGCGCCUGGGAGCACUGCGCUCGUGGGCUGGCCACCUAUUGAAGCACUGCGCUCGUGGGAAAGAGGUGGCCAGCCUGGAGAUGGGCUUCACUAGCGAG